AUGUAUGUCCUGAGCCUGAGCGCUUGCACUACAGCCUACAACAACAUGAUCAUGUAUGCAAAACAAACAUUGACACAAAUCCAGAGCUGCUGUGAGACGGACAGAGCGGUGCCCGGUGCGGUUUACCUUCCAUCGAAGGCUACACACAGCAUGGAGGACAGGCGAGAAUGUCAAAAAUUCAUCUGUGGAAGCACAGAAGAAAACUACUUAGUUGCCACCGACUUUUCCGUGCAACAACGUGUGUCACAGUUCCGCAACGGUACCCCCGGUCCCGCCCCCAGCUCAGCGCAGCAUCUCGAGUUCUGCAACAACAGUAUCAGCAGCUUCCAGGCUGGAAGCCUUCACCUCACCUUCAGUACCGGGACUCCGACUACUCCCACCUAUUCUCAGAAUGAGGGCUACUCCGUCCCUCCGAACUGCUUCCAUCAUCCUUAUCCCACUGCCUAUCCUGACGAGCAGGAGCUGGAAGUCGGCGCGCCCAAAUUUCAGUUCACCAAGGAAAUCCCGGCGGCCUUUUCCGGGCUGCGUUUCGGAGCCGGAUCAGGAUCGCUUGAUCCGCACUCCGGAACAAAGAUUCACCUGACAGUCAAGGACAGCCCUCCCCCGGACGCCACUUCCCAGCCUGGCAGCAGUUACAUCAGCAAAACGUUCCAGUGGAUGAAAGUGAAGCGAAACCAGCCCAAGACAGGUAAACAUUUGGAAGGCUUGUGCCGUGCCACAUAUUUUGGACUGAGCUUCGGAAUUGACUGCGAAAAGGACUCCAGCACCGACUCCGCUCAAAACGAGCGUGAUGGCAACGUGACCCCGAGGACCAGCUUCACUACCAAACAACUGACGGAGCUGGAGAAGGAAUUCCACUUCAAUAAAUACCUGACGCGGGCCAGACGGGUUGAGAUCGCUAACGCCAUGCACCUUAAAGAAACGCAGGUGAAGAUUUGGUUUCAAAAUAGGCGGAUGAAACAAAAGAAAAGAGAGAAAGAGGGUCUGCUGCUUGGCCUCUUGUCCUCCUCAAACAGUAGCCAGGAGGACUGUCGUUCUGAGAAGGAUAGCGGUCCAUCGCCUGCACCUUCACCUUCCCCUUCCCCACGUCAGUCUCCACCUCAGGAUGCUCUUGUAGGUGAUUUGUCUCCUUUGCAAAACGAGGUCUUCUAGAAAGCUGACG